AUGGCAAACGAUCCUAGACUUACCCGAAGACGUACCAAGCAACAUGCCGGUACGCCGAAAUCGCGUGCUGGUAAAUCCAGAAACUCGUCGAACCGCUCGAUCCGGUCGGAAUCCUCGGGAUCUGACAUUGACUCUGGCUCGUUAAGCCCAGCCACGAGCAAGAUGUCCAGCAAACGAUCCAUGAAACUUUCUGUGAGGCGACAUCGGAAGUCUUCCCAUCGGGAGUGUUUCAAAGUUCUAGCCGAUUAUGAAGAGCAGGUUGAAAGAAUUCUCGCCGAGAGAGAAGAUGGCAGAACAGCUAGCUCCCGGCUCAUUCAAGAGCUCCACACUGAGAAGGCUCGAGAGAUGUCCAACGUACACAAAGCCAAUGCCGAAAAGGACUCUGCAGUCGCUGAAGUUGAGCGGCUUAAGAAGGAGACUUCGCAGCUGCGGCAGCAGCUGGAGUCUACAAACACCACGUUGCAGGACCAGGUGGCAUGGGACGAUAUACAGCCAAUCUUACACCAGACACACGGAGAAAUGAUCUCCGCUGCGUCUCGUUUCGCGAAUUUGAUCGAUAGUCUUCAGAACAAACGACUGGCAUCCUUCUUGCCUAGCACCGAGGUGUUCCAUGGCAAUUGGGCCACCACCGCUGGUCCUUCGGAACCCACCGACCCUAGCGCGCUUCCCGGGUUUUCCGGAUCAAGCAACCCGCCGCUGUUUGACCCACAAGCCCUAACCUCGACCAAUGAGUAUGGGUCAUUGGUUUAA